GCCGCGGGGCCCUCAGAGCCGGGCCCGGGGCCCCGUGACAGACGGGCCGAGGAAGGCAGAGAGGCGGCGGCGGCGGCGGCGGCGCGGGCGACAUCAUGUCAUCCCCCAGUCCCGGCAAGAGGCGGAUGGACACGGACGUGGUUAAGCUCAUUGAGAGUAAGCAUGAGGUCACAAUCCUUGGAGGACUCAAUGAAUUUGUAGUGAAGUUUUAUGGACCACAAGGAACACCAUAUGAAGGCGGAGUGUGGAAAGUCAGAGUGGAUCUUCCUGAUAAAUACCCUUUCAAAUCUCCAUCUAUAGGAUUCAUGAAUAAAAUUUUCCAUCCCAACAUUGAUGAAGCGUCAGGAACUGUGUGUCUAGAUGUAAUUAAUCAAACUUGGACAGCUCUCUAUGAUCUUACCAAUAUAUUUGAGUCCUUCCUGCCCCAGUUGUUGGCCUAUCCUAACCCCAUAGACCCUCUUAAUGGUGACGCUGCAGCCAUGUACCUUCACCGACCCGAAGAAUACAAGCAGAAAAUUAAAGAAUACAUCCAGAAAUACGCAACGGAGGAGGCCCUGAAGGAGCAGGAAGAGGGCACUGGCGACAGCUCAUCAGAGAGUUCUAUGUCUGACUUUUCAGAAGAUGAGGCCCAAGACAUGGAGUUGUAGUAGAGAAAGCACCUGCUUUUCAGAGAGACUAUUAUUUCCUAACCAUGAGAAGCAGACUAUAAUAUUCAUAUUUAAACAAAGCAAUUUUUUUUAUUACUAAACAAGGUUUUUAUGAAUAAUAGCAUUGAUAUAUAUAUAUUAUAUAUCACCCUUUAGAUCUUGAUUUCUUGGUCAUUUCUCAACCUGAGGUGCAUAGCAUAUUCCCACAUUCCAUUUUGGUAGCAAUAUGCGGUCUGAAUGCAUGCAUUCAUAAGUCCAUUUGGCCAAGGCAGCCUGUGUGCUACUGAACUGUCAAAAGAAAUAGCCGCUCUGAUAAGUAGACAGGAGUCAAACUAAUGGGAAAAAGUUGCUUUUAUCGAUGGUUCCAAAGAAACAAGCCAAAUCUACCAGCUCUUGGAUGAAGAUAGAAUAGUGCUUUUUUGGAGUGGGAAGGAAAGAAACUGGGGAGGAGGAGGCCUGCUUUACAAGCACGUAGAGCCAGCCACGUACAGAUCAGCUGCUGCUUCCUCUGAGUCCUAAGUGGGUCGAUUCAGUGGAGUAGCAAUGGAAAACAGGAAGCUCAUUGGAAAAGUGAAACUUAAAAGCUCUUUUUUUUUUUUUUAAACUUAGAUUUUAAGUACAUUUUUAUAGAUCCCUGCCCUUCACGCUACCAGACCUUCAGCCACAUCAUUUUGCUUUGGAGAACUUUCUGAAAUGUUUGAGCCCAAUUCUUUUUCUUGGGGUACUGAUUGUCAUCCAGACCCUUUUUGAGACGCCUGGACAGGAGGAGAAAAGUAGUUGAAAGCUUCGUCCUCUCAUCGAAAACAAGUGCAAAGUGUCGUCCUGUUCCUCUAAGCCAGUUCAAACCCCUGCUCUGGACUGAGACAUUCAAAUCUGGAGGCAGUUGUUUUUGUUCAUUUGUUUUCAUUUUGUUGGUGGCAGUGGUGUGUGUGUGCGCGUGUGCGUACGUGUGUGCAUAGGCGCAUUCUAUUGUGUAAAUUGUGCUUAGGUUACAGAAUUAAUGUCACCUACCAAGAGAUGGUCUCCUUCUGGACAAAGUGCUCAGUGGACCAUUAGAUGGCAGAAAACAUAUCUGGUGGCUAUGAGUUUUGUUUGGGGCAUCUGCUUUUGGGAGCAGGAAGUGGAUACUUGAGACCCACGUACAUCCUAAAGUUAAAAUGAAUAAUAAUUGGUAAAUGUUCUUGUAUCCAAAGUGGCUCAACUUGGGGAAGGGAAGGGAGGGGAAGGCUUUCUUCAGAGUGUGGCUGGAAAGAAGGGAUUUGGAAGUGUGAUGUGGGCCAGGUUGGGAAGGAGUAUACUUUCCUCUGUGCACUAAGAGCAAGUCAGACAAUUUGAAAUACUGCUGCUAAUCUGUUGUCUGCUCAGUCAACCCCAUGCCCAGGUUCAAAUCUCCAUGUCGCCUGCUGAACCUGGAUAAAAUUUGGAGACAUUUUAGAUACCAACUCUUUAUUUUUGCUAAAACUAGGACAAUAACAGAAUUAGCCAAUUCUAAAACCUUUCUAAAGACAACUUUGAAUGUCCCACAACUUUUCUUUUGAGGCCUGUUUUUAGUUAAGAAGUGCUGUAUUCCACAAGGUUAAGUCAGUGAGGGUGGAAUAUAACCCUCUUGCUCUUUUUUUUUUUUUUUAAUUCAAAAAGCACAAUCAAUCUUUUCUUUGAAAAUCUAUAUAAAUUACAACUUUUAACAUGAUUAUUUUCCUAAAUAAAAAGACAAAGAAUUUAUCUAUUUUAUGUUAAUGACGGGCACGAAGCAAAAGGGUUUCUUUGGAAAAAGUGCAGUUCUGUAGGGCUGAGGUUAGUCACCAAACUUACUCUUAUCUCUAGCAUCGUCGGCUUGUUGGAAGGUCGUCGUAACUAUUUCACCUCUAAUGGUGCACUUUUACCUAGCGCAGUCUUCACAUCACUCUGGGGGAGGGAGGGUCUCUGCUGGCACUGUCCACCUUGCUUCCUGCUGAGUAACAGUCUGCUUGUGCUGGGACCUUAUGAUAGGUGCUACUUAGGUAGGCUUGAAGUGCUGGGUGGUGAUUUGAGUUCAAACAAUAAAAAAUUGUAUUUUUUCAAUGUUGUAUAGACAAUAGUGUUCUAAUUACCUUUCCAAAAAAAAAUGUCCAGAUAAUUGCUUUUGAUCUUGUCAAGAAAAACAGUUGAGCCAGGUUUAGGGAAGCACUGUGAGCUGAGCUCUAGCUCUGCCCCUCACUGGAUAUACCUUGCUCCAAUGUAAAGAUGCCAGCCUGUCUCCCUUCCCAAGCUCUAGCAGCACGUGGCUGGUAGUGCAGAACCCCCUUGUGAAGGCUGGGCUGAGGCCGCGGGUCUGAAUGUGCUGCAGCGUGUGUGUGUGUGUGUCCGUCCGUCCAUCCAUCCAGGUGUGUGGCAGAGGUGUCAUUGAGGCUUCUCCGCACGGAAGCACCUGUGACUCCCUCCCACAUCUCACUAUACCCUCUCCUUUCUGGCCACCUACCGUGGUUCCACGCAUACUCAUCUCUCUGGGCUGUGUACUCUUCACUGGGAAGUUGACCUUGGUAGUUUUCUAUCCCUUCCCUGCUCCUAGGUGAGGUAGGAUGAGGAGACCCUACUAGGUGCAGAGUUGUUGAAUGGCCUGGCUGUGACUCUAAGGACUUGGGGCCCCUAGAAUAAAUAGACAAAAUCUGUGGCAGGGAUGUUGUGAAACCAAAGUCCAUGUUGCCUAUGGGGAUUCCCAACACUCAAAGCCUUGUGGAACCUGAUGGCCCCUGAGCACACUUGGAGGUAGUGGCAGAUGCAGUGGGUCAGAGCUGUUACUGGCACUCCCCCCACACUCUUUCCUAGGUCCUAGCUUGUGGUUCACCAGUGCAAGCCAUUUUUUGCCCCCAUUAAAACAAGCUCUUGCCAAACUUCAACGAGCAAGGCAGCCUCCGCCGUUCUCCUGCGCCCUAGGCUAUGUUCAGUGGUAGGCAGCCCAGACCCUGGCAUUUGGGGUUUUGUCUGCAGUCUCUCCCCUCCUUGAGGUUACUGUGCAGCUUCAACCAGCAUUCUAUACCGUGAGAUAGUCAUCAGAAGUUGCCAUGUAGUCUCUCCAGUACUAACAUUUCGUCCACAUCAAAGGAUGUUCUAAUUGCCAACCGGCUGAGCUAGGCUUCUGCCGAGUGUCUCCCCUCAAAGGAAUUGUGCCCUCAAAAGGGCCCCCAAAGCCCUCGUUGGCCUUCACCUGAUGCUUAUAUUUUCCAGGUCACCUUGUGGCCAAGAAUGAUGACAGACCCUCUGCUAGCAUCCUUGGGUUAGGUUUCCUGCACCAAGUUUCUGCAAACUGGUGUUUGAUUUUUUUUUUUUUUUCAAUGCCACAUGGCCCUUCUGUCUUAGUGACUCUUAAAAAGUGAAAGUUAUUGACAAAAAUUAGCAAGCGUUUUACUUCAUUUCAUCAACAACUUAACUGGGUUCAUAGCCUUGUUGAGUGAGGUAGUUUCUGACUAGGCGUGAAGAGGUGUGUUUCUCUGGACUUCUGAAUCCAUGUUCAUCUUCCUCUGGCCACUGAACACCUUGGCUAACUCGUUCGGGAUUGGACAGAGGGAAGACGGAUGCUUUGGGGCCUCACCUGUGUGGGUUUCUACUCACCUUAGGAAUGACCAGUGCUCUCGGUGUAGCAGAUACUGGUCUUGGCAGUGGGCUUGGAAAGAAGUGGCCAUUAAUUACUGAUUGUAUUUGGUACACAUUGUGUGAUACUUGAAGAGAUAAAAGGGACUUACCAGCCCUUAAUUGAAAUCUGAGCUUUUUAUUGCUUUUUUUUCCCCCCUCCUAGACCUUUCUCCUCCCUUCCUUCCACCUUCUUUGCAUUGUGAUGAUCUAGUGGGCAUGUCUGUCACCCGGACAUAUGCCUCUCUGACUAUAACCUCUUAUAGUUGUGUAUAAUGAAAACUGUAAACUUUUUUAAAUAAAAUGUGUAUAUACCUUG